GCGCCUCCCGUCGGCCCCCGCGCGGGCGGACUACCGAUCCCGGCAUCCUCCGCGCCAGCGCCCGCCCCUUCGCCGCCUCCCGCCGGUACCGAGCGGUUCGCGGGUGGCGGAGUGUCCGUGUGUCGGUGUGUCCGUGUGUCGGUAUCUCGGUGUGUCGGUAUCUCGCUGUGUCGCUGUUUCGGUCCGUCCCGCCCGGCCCCGCCGUCCGUUCCCGCGGGGCCAUGGACUCCGACUCGUGCUCCUCCCCGUUCGCCCCGGAGCAUUUCUCCCCCGGUUCCCGGCGGCACCGAACCGUGGAGGACUUCAACAAGUUCUGCACCUUCGUCCUGGCCUACGCCGGGUACAUCCCGUACCCGCAGGAGGAAACGCCGCUGAGGAACAGCCCCAGCCCCCCCAACAGCACCGGCGGCACCAUCGACAGCGAUAGCUGGGACCCCCGCUUCAAUGACACCCCCUCCUCGGUUUCCCUUCCUGCCAAGAGCAGAAAGAACUUCAGCCAGCUGAAGCGAGCCAAGCCCUACGGAUCCCUGUUCCAGCGGGCAAAGCCCGGCAGCUUCCUGCCCGAGAGAAAGCAGAUCGAUAAGAUCAGAAAGAAGAAAAAGCUGAAGAGAAGGGAAACGGAGGUGUCUGCCGAGGAGGAUUACGAGGAGAAGCUGCUGGAGCUGGAGGCGGAGGACUCUUAUACAGAGACGCCGAUGAGCCCCUCGUCUGAGGGCGACCCUCAGUCUGUGGCUGAGCACAGCUCGGUGUGGGACUCUGACACGGCCUCCAGCGUCACGUACCCCACGGGGACGGGAGAACAGGCGGUGGAGAUCCAGAGCGUGGGGAAACGGACGGUCAUCCGGCAGGGCAAGCAGGUCGUGUUCCGGGACGAGGACGGCACCGGCGACGAUGAGGACAUCAUGGUGGAUUCGGAUGACGAUUCCUGGGACCUGGUCACCUGUUUCUGCAUGAAGCCUUUUGCCGGGCGGCCGAUGAUCGAGUGCAGCCAUUGCCACACCUGGAUCCACCUCUCCUGCGCCAAGAUCCGCAAGUCCAACGUCCCCGAGGUCUACAUUUGCCAGAAGUGCCGGGACUCCAAGUUUGACAUUCGCCGUUCGAACCGCUCCCGGACGGGAUCACGCAGGCGCUUUCUGGACUAAGCGAGGGAGGCGCGUCCUGCUGCGCUGCUGGGCGGGCAGGUGAGCCGGGCAAAGCACAGACACCGGCCGGGGGCCGGGCACAGUCACCCGAACUGCUGCUGCUCAGGCCGAGGGCUGCCCAGCCGGCCUGCGGUACGGGAUGAGCUAUCGCCAGUCGUGGAUGGCCGGGGUGGAAGAAGCAGACUGGUCAAAACUGCUGCUAGAUACCAAUUAGCUCAAGGGACAGAUGAAGCUCUCUGGGUUCAGUGGGGUUUUGUCCAGUUACGACUAUGAGUUGGACGAUGUUUUGGGAGUGUUUAAUAUCUUUGCCACGAGUUUUUUCUCAUCCCGUUGGGAAACUGCAGAUCUCUGUGCUAGGAAACUCGUCCUCUGAGAGAGCGGGAGGAGGGAAUCCGUGUGAAGAGUCUGAAAAGUAAAUGGCCACGUGUUUUAAUUUUAAUGUAUUAUUAUACCUGCCCAUUUGUCCGUAUAUAUCAAUCUUAGAUAUUCUAAGGCUGUGUAGGAGUGAGUGUGAACACAUACCGACCUCUGUGUGAUCUGCCUCCUCUUCCUGGGCCUGGGCAGGAGGUGAGUUCUGUGACCUGGCAUUGUGUAAUGGCAGGACUUCACCCUGCUCCGGGGGACCGGUGCGUUUAGAGGAAGAGAAUGCUCCUUGCUCUGGACAGGCAGCGCUGGUAAUUCGCUGACAGCAGAUUUCUUACAAGUCUCCUCUUAACGGUGAUUUUUGUGACUUUGUUUUGCAUGAUUGGCUCACGUGUGUUUGGGGGAAAACCAUUUGCUCUGUGUCCUGGCCCUCUGUUCAACUCCAAGGUGCUGUUUUAAGAUGAUGAUUCUCCCUUUUCUCAGCCCAGAAUUCAAGCGUGGACUGUAAAAGAGGCUGCAGUAAAUGAAGAACCUGGCCAGUCUGGUUGGAGAUUUGAUCAUUUCCAUCAGUGCUACAGCUGAGCUGACUUUGUUUCUGCUCUUUAUUUUUUGAGAUUUGUAGUCAGAAACCCCAAAUCUUUAACCUGUUGGCUGCAAAUUACACAUUAAAAGAAACCAAAUGCAGGCCAUGCAGCUGGCAAAGUGUAACAAAGAUCCAUCUGGUGCUGGGAAGGACAAGAGUGCAGGGAGUCCAGGCUUGUUUAUGAGGCCACCAAGAUGGAGGUGGAGGCGUUGUCCCUCAGUGGCCAAACAGAGCGAGCUGUGUAUGCAUGGUACAGCUUAGGUGGAUGAUUUGGAGACAUUUCUCCUAAGUGACACCUGAUGAAUGUGUUCUCUGUCCUGUGAGAUGAGGAGCCAUUGGCUGGCACUAGAGCUUGUGUGAGACCAGCUGUGCUGGUAGGAACGUGUCACAUUGGUCUGCAGACAGACCUGCUGCCGUACCUGAGGGCAAUGCAGCUGGGAGAUGUCCUGGUGCUGAGCAGGGUCUUCCCAGGCACAGUCAGGUCCCCUCGCUGACAUCCAGUGCUGGGCAGCCAAAGCCUCGUGCAGACUGCUCAGCACAGCAGCACCCCGGGGCUCCUGUGUGGGAUGUGGGCACGGCUGGGUUGGGAUGAUGGAGCUGCACACUGUGCAACUGUCCUUCAGCCUCGGUUCUUCAUACAAAUCCCAUCCCACUGCGCUGUAACAACUGACCCCAGGUUCUGGAAACCAGCUCCAGCUUCUGUUAAAACUCAGCCCGUGACUGUGCUGUGCUGCCUCCCAGAAGCUCAGUGCAACCACCGAGGAGUUUGCCAAAGACUUGCCCCUUACGGCUGCCUGACUGCUCUCUGCAGCCAGAAACAUAACCAAAGUUCUCAAAUGCUGCCAUUUCCCUCUGCAAACAGAAAGGCACUGGAAGAUCCUGGGUGCAAGCUGUGAGGGCUGGGCCUGCUCUGAGCAUUGGCAUCUUUGUGUUUACAGCGUGUCUGCAAUUCAACUGGACCUCCUGGAAUGUGUUCCUGAAGUUUCUACGUGAGACACGUUAAAUGGCCAACGAAUGGCCUCUUCCCCCAGGGGCUCAAUACCCGUCAGUGUGACUGACUCUUGUUCUGUUACCUUUUCAGAUUCACCCCAAUAGAUGGUGUCUGACAAGUCCAGCACGUUACAGUAUCAGCAGAGAGAAAAAACGUAACAUCUCCAUUGUUUCAGUUCAUCACUUUCAGCCAUGUAUAAUUAUAGUUUAAUUCAGAACUUUAUUUUUUCAUUAAAACUGUUUUAAUGAACCAUGUUUUUUUUUUUUUAAGUGAAAGAAAUGAAUAAUGACUUUGUUUUAUUCUGGAUUCAAGAGUCUGCUCGUGUGAUUUACUGGUGUGCAAAACAGUUAUGCGGGGUGGCAGCAAGACUUGGCCAGAAGCGCUCAUCAAUAAGUGAUAUACAAAGUGAGGGGGGAUGGACAGGGGUGUCACAAGCAGAUCUCCCCUUCAUGCUCUGCCAGGGGUCUGCUGUUCCAAUCUCUCUUGUCCAGCUCCUGCUGCAAGUGAGGUGAAUGUUGGAGGAGAGACCUGCCAAAAGGCACAAACGCUGCGGGGAGGAGAGCCCUAACCAGCACACUGCCUUGGCAGGGGCCAUUUGCAGCCAGCCUGAAGGCAGGCUUAGUGUGCAGCAGUUGGGCAUGGGCUGGGAUAGAUCUCAGGUGAUGGCAUUGCUGGCUGAGGUGACCUGAAAGCCAGGGCCAAGCUGGUAGGACUGGGCACUGCACUGUCAGCUUUUGCCCGUGGGCUGUGCUGCAUCAGCCUCACAGUCUCACCUGCUCAGCCAACCCCAAACUCCAUUAUGCCCCCUGAGAUCCUCUCUCCUCCCCUGCCUGUGCAGCAGCUGCAUCCCAAAGCAGCUCACUGUGCCUCACUGCCACUCCUGAACUCCAGAACCUGCCUCACCCCCAGAGCAAAAGACUGAUCAGCAAUUUGGAAAAGGCAUCAGAUCACCUUAAAAACUGAGUCUCUGUUGCUUCCAGCUUCUGUUUUAAUUGUUGGCAAUGUUGUAUUGCAAUGCAGAGCAAUGAACAGAAAUUCCAGAAGAGGCCGUGGCUGUAAAAUGGCAGUUCCUCGUAGGACAGAUACAGAGUUGUUAAGAGGAGCAGUGUCUAUGCUCACAGGCUUUUUAAGACUGCACUGAUUGAUGGGCA